AUGGUAACCUGGUGUAAACAUUCAAUGAAAUCUCACAUCCUUUCUCUAAAGUCUAUUUUUUUCCGUAAAAAGUAUGGAAAUUUAAAUAAAGACUUCACUAGUUGAUAAAAUACAUGUUUAGGUAUCCUAUCAUGAUGUUUUAGAUAUUUUGACAUUUUCAUCCUAAUCGACUAAAUUUUGAGGUGAAGCUCCCCCUUAAUAAAAAUAUGAAGUUUCACAGCAAACUGUACGUAUUCUUGUAUAAAAUUCCUAAUAAAUAACAAUUAUGACGUAAUUUCAAUGCUUUGUACUCAAUUUUUUAUUGCAACACGCCAACUCAUCAGGAGUCGGUCUGAAUUCACAUUUCAGUGGUGGGUCGGUCUCAUUUCGUGAUUACACCCCCCACCCCCCAGUAAAAAUCGAUAUGUUCGCCUCUGUGCACAGAGAUGUCAGAGAUCUCCAUACAUACUAAAUAUUAUUUCACAUACAGACUACCAGCCUACCAUCAAUACACAGUAUCCCCCUACCAUCAACACCACAGACCACCAAACCACUACCUCAAUUACCAAUCAAGCCACCACCCCAAACUGAAGAAGACAAGCAAGCAAUCUAUGAAGCAAUUUCUCGAUUUCCUCAAGACCUAUCAGGCCUAGGUGUCGCUGACGUUAGUAGACUGCUUGGGUAUUUAAAUUUGAGUGACUACGUGCAGACAUUUGAAAAUGAAUUGAUUGAUGGAAUGAUGUUGGUCGGCUUGGACCAAGAGUCGUUAGAGUCGUUGGGCGUAAAACCAUUUCAUUGUAAGAAAUUGUUGGACUUUAUCGGUGGUUGGCGUCCGAGAGCUUAG